ACUCACUCUCUCACAUCUCCCCAGAGUCCAGUGACUGAAGAGGAGUACAAGCUUUCAACAAGAAUUUACUCUGGGAUUGUGUUAUUUCUACAUAUUUAUGUUGUUACAGCUGUAGGGAAAAAGACAAUUUUUACUGCUGAGGUUGUGAUCUGCCCUGAGCUGGGGGAGGAUGGACAGCGCAGGGAGAAAAGUGGUGGUUUGUGAUAAUGGCACUGGGUUUGUCAAGUGUGGUUUUGCUGGGUCCAAUUUCCCAGAGCACAUCUUCCCAGCACUUGUAGGGCGUCCAGUCAUACGCUCAGACACUAAAGUGGGGAAUAUUGUGAUCAAGGACCUGAUGGUGGGGGAGGAAGCCAGCGAAUGCCGCUCAAUGUUGGAGGUCUCCUAUCCCAUGGAGAACGGGAUGGUACGGAACUGGGACGACAUGCUCCACUUGUGGGAUCACACUUUUGGACCAGAUCGUCUAAACAUUAAUCCAUCUAACUGUAAAGUGCUGUUGACUGAACCACCUCUGAAUCCUCUGAAGAACCGGCAGAAAAUUGCAGAGGUCAUGUUUGAGACUUACAAGUUCCAUGGCAUUUACAUCGCCAUCCAGGCUGUGCUGACACUCUACGCACAAGGUCUCCUGACAGGUGUGGUUGUGGACUCAGGUGAUGGUGUUACUCAUAUUUGUCCUGUGUACGAGGGCUUCUCCCUUCCCCACUUGACACGCAGACUCGACAUCGCAGGACGUGACAUCACACGUUACCUCAUCAAGUUGUUGCUGCUGAGGGGCUACGCCUUCAACCAAACAGCAGACUUUGAGACAGUUCGCAUGCUGAAGGAGAAAUUGUGCUUUGUUGGUUAUAACAUAGAACAAGAACAGAAACUGUCCAAUGAGACAACCUUUAUGGUGGAGUCAUACACGCUGCCAGAUGGGCGUAAUAUAAAGGUUGGUGGAGAAAGAUUUGGCGCCCCAGAGGCACUUUUCCAGCCACAUCUUAUCAACAUAGAGGGAGUCGGAGUUGCCGAGCUUCUCUUCAAUACUAUCCAGGCUGCUGACAUCGAUCUCAGAGCUGAUUUGUACAAGCAUAUCGUGCUGUCUGGAGGGUCUACCAUGUAUCCCGGGCUGCCCUCUCGCCUGGAAAGGGAACUCAAGCAGCUGUACCUAGAACGAGUGCUGAAAGGAGACACGGAAAAGCUCUCAAAGUUUAAGAUCCGCAUCGAGGACCCCCCUCGCCGUAAGCACAUGGUGUUUAUGGGUGGAGCCGUGCUGGCCAACAUCAUGAAAGAUAAAGAGUCGUUCUGGCUGUCGAGAGCCGAGUACGAGGAAAAGGGCCUGAAAGUUCUCGACAAGCUCGGCGGAGCAACCAAAUGAACCAGCGCUUACAUGAAAACAUAAAUGCAUUUCUGCACAAGCACUAUACUCGGACACAAGUACACCCAUUCACUGACAUUCUUAACAGAAAGCUGAGGAAAUAUGAAUCGAGUGAAACAUGCUGUUUUUUCCUGACUAUGAAAUGGCCCUGAACUUUCUAACUUUCGCCCAGCAACCAGGAUGCUUCCACACUUCACUAUUAUUGUAGAAUUAUGUGUAAUAUUCGCCUAAUAAUAUUGCAUUGGAGUGUAAGUUUUUAGUGUUUUAUUUGUAAUUUAGAAUAAAAUACAUUUUUAUAAAUCCAAUGUAUUUUAGUUUGAA